UCGGAAGUGACACCGGUGCCAGUCCAGAGUCGGACGUCCGGACACGGGAGGUCACCCUGCUGCCCCGCCGCUCACUGGAAUUUCCGCGUUUUCAGGAAUUCCCGCUGGACUUUCGCCACCCCGACGAGAGAUCCAGCUUCCAGAGGAUCUGUGCUACCUGGGGAUUUUGUAGAUCCGCUUGAAUUUUGAAGGGGAAGCGCGUGUGAUCGCCGGGAGUUCGGGAGAGACUUCGGCGGAGGGUACACCAACUGGGGGCGGCUAGGAAGGCAAGUUGGGUGGGUGGGCGCAACCGAAUAUCCUGGAAGUAAAUACACGCGAUCGGCGAAGUGACUUCCUGUACUAGAGGUCCCGAUCAGACUGUGUCACUGUCUUUAACAGAUAACCAGAGGGUUGACACCGAUACGAGAUUGCUUUCAACAGGAAUUUGUGACGGAAUUUCACGCGGUCAAGAACGGUUGUGUGUACGUGUGUGUGUGUGUGUGCCCUCCCCACCGCUUCUGAAAGUCUAGUCGAGCAAAACAACUGCUUGCUACGUGGAACCAUUUCGGUGACCCCAAAGGCCUCGCUAUUUCUGUUGCCGAUUGUUUGGAGAAGGAUUCAUGAUUCCUCCGAAGGGACAGAGGACGCUCUCUUGACACCUACUCGGCUGGUACCACCGUCUGGAUUCCUAUACUCACUUCCGCGUGCCAUUGGGGAAAAAAUUGAGACACCGGAAAAAGACGAUCGGAUAGAAUAUGGAUGACAUCUUCACCCAGUGCCGAGAGGGCAACGCUAUGUACGUGCGUGUGUGGCUCGACAACACCGAACACGAUCCAAACCAGGGGGAUGACCACGGCUUCAGUCCGCUACACUGGGCGGCCAGGGAGGGCAGGUUGAACAUUGUGGAGCUGCUGAUUGGUCGCGGAGCCCGCAUCAACGCCUGUAACAUGGGGGACGACACGGCUCUUCAUCUUGCAGCCAGCCAUGGGCACAGGGACGUCGUGCUCAAGCUGCUGCAACACAAGGCUGACAUCAAUGCAAUGAACGAACACGGCAACACACCUCUGCACUACGCCUGCUUCUGGUCACAGGACAUCAUCGCAGAGGACCUUGUUACCAAUGGUGCCCUGGUUGGUGUGUGCAACAAGUAUGGAGAGACACCAGUGGACAAGGCUAAGCCCCAUUUGGCCAAGCUCGUCAACGAGAGGGCAUCAGCUUUGGGCCAAGAAACUGGUAAAGUGCCUUACAAAGAAAAUAUUUGGAGAGGAACAAAGACGAGAAGUAGAAAUGGAACUCUCUCCAGGCACUCUGGUAUUGACAUCAAGCAGCUCAAUCUUCAAGUCAAAAUGAACACAAAUGCUUCGGGAGAGCUCUGGAAGGGCAUGUGGCAAGGCAAUGAGAUUGUUGCCAAGAUUCUGAAGGUGAGAGAUAUCAACGCAAGAAAAGCAAGGGACUUUUCUGAAGAGUAUCCAAGACUAAGGAUUUUCUCCCACCCCAACGUACUACCGGUCCUGGGCGCCUGUAACCAGCCUCCGCAUCUCGUAGUUAUCAACCAGUUCAUGCCGUACGGAUCGCUCUUCAACAUCCUGCACGAGGGGCAUGGUAUUGUGGUUGACCAGGCUCAGGCGUUCAAGUUUGCGCUGGACGUGGCCCGAGGGAUGGCGUUCCUCCACUCGCUGGAGCCCAUGGUACCCAGGCUGUACCUCAACAGUAAACACAUCAUGAUCGAUGAAGACUUGACAGCAAGAAUCAACAUGGCGGAUGUCAAGUUCUCCUUCCAGAAUCCUGGCAAGCUCUUCAACCCUGCCUGGUUUGCACCAGAGAUCUUGCAGAAGAAGGAGAAUGAGAUAAACAAGCGUGCUGCGGACAUGUGGAGUUUUGCCAUGCUGAUGUGGGAACUCCUCACAAGGGAGGUGCCUUUCGCUGACCUGUCACCGAUGGAGGCUGGCAUGAAGAUUGCGCUGGAAGGCCUGCGGCCCACCAUCCCGCCGGGCGCGUCCCAACACGCCUGCAGACUCAUCAAGAUCUGUCUAAACGAGGACCCGGCCAAGCGACCGACCUUCGACAUGAUCAUCCCCAUCUUAGAAAAGAUGCAGGAGAAAACGGAAUAAGUCUUGCCAUACAUGACAUCUUAGAUGUUAUCUGUUCAUACGUUAGAUAGAUUUUAAAGUUGCAACAUGAGGGCAUUCUAAUAAUUAUACUUAAACAUCAUUGUUAUGGUAUACUGAAGGUGAAUUUUGCCAUGCAUACUAUAUCGGUACUUACAAAGUAUUCUCGUAAAAUAGGAAGUCCUAGGAUAGGGCAUUCAUGAGUUUCGUUGUGCUUACGCUAAGGUCACAACCCGCCGUACGUGCAAUUUGUUUGUACGUUUUCUUGGGAGGCCACGUCCGCCAAGUAUUUCUUAAAACGUUCAGGCUGUACAGGGCAGGCGCGUCACCCGUACUGGUUGGUUGAAUCCGCAGCCCGAUGGCACAUGAAGUUUUGCCUGCACCUAAAGUUCUAUGGCGAGUCUGCGUGCUGCAAAAUCCAUCGGAUUCCCUACGAGUUUGUACGGAGGCGGUAGUUACCACUUACGGAUCCCAAAAGAUUGCCCACGUUUUGGCAUGUAGACAGCACGUAUUUGCACGUACGGCGGGUUAUGCCCUUAGCUUUAAGUAUAUAUAUAACAAGGGAAUUUCUUUGGGUCUUGAUGUUUGGUAAUGCUACUGUGCAAGACAAUCACCAUGGCCGGUACAGAAAAAUCUAAACGUUUGGUGUGCCACGAUGCCACGUAUUGUACUGUAAAAUGUUUGGUAUUAACUUUUAGUUAAUUUUUAGUAUUGGUAAGUUAUUAGUAUUGUCAAACUGCUUUGGUAAGAAAUGACUUGCACAUACAUGUAUUCUCCUUGCACUUAAACAACUUUUAUUAUAGUUAUCUAACAGGUACUGCACUAAUCUGCAAUAAUCUGCAAUAUUUGUACUUAGUAUGAUAUUAUAUUACCUGAUCAAAGUGAGCUGAUGAGAAUGAAUGUUGAUAAUUUAGUUUUCCUUGUAUCAUAUUUAUUGAGUAUUUUUAAUUGUAUUAAGUGAUCGGUGCGUGAUUUUUUGGCACUCUGUUAUUAGUGCAUGUGUUUUGGCAAAAGAGUUGACCACUGACUAUUUUAGUUAGGGAAGCCACAAUGAAAUCAGACUACACAAACUAGGCACUUACAAAGAACGAUUGUUUUUUUUUACUUCUGAAAAUGGUACUAGAUACACUUUCUUUUUCGUGAAAAAACGAAAACCAGCCCAAAAAUUGCCAUGUAUGAAUUAUAUAUAUAAUUUCAUUGAACAUAACUGAUUCUUAGAGAAUCUUUAUGUGAUUGUCUUUCGCUCAUUUUACAUAUUAAAUGAAUCAAAAAGGUAUGGUUCAGUAUAAUUAUAAUAGUAAAUGGUGUUUCGGGUAACAAUAUACAGGCCAUAGCAAAGUCUUGAGUGAGAAUGUCAUAAAUAUGAAAGUAACAUUAUAAGGAUUGUUAAUAUAUUUAAUGACAGUAUUUUGUGUAUAGCUACUAGAAUAGACACCUUGCUUAUAUACCCUGUAUGGGUAUACAUAUUUUGGGUGGGGUUUGUAGCUUCGGGGAAAGCUAUUAUCGUGUCUUCCUGCAACUUAAGAUAGAGCUGUGUAAGACAUCGGGUGGGUGAUCGCAGCCUGAUGUUGAAAAGUUACAGGGAUUGUCAAAACUAACGACAUACGUAAUCUUCUUGGUAAAUGGUAAAAAGUACUUUACCUAUGUCAGAACUAAUCCUAAGAUGUUCCUAAAAGUGCCUUGAAUACUUGAUCCUAUAUUUCAAACAAAGUGUGAUUUGGGUAGACUUUCAGAAUCUGCUAAAACAUUACGUAUUAUGCAAGUGUCAUUGCAGAUGGCGUUCAUGUUCAUCAACCCAUAACUAGUGAUACGAUUAACAUAGAUAACCCAGUAUGCAUUGAAGCUCUAUGUAGACUAUGAUAUAUGCAUGUAUGAUAUUCUUCUAUCUGAUACAAUGUUUAAUUUAAGGAGUGUACAACAAGUGAGUGAUCAAAACAUUGAGAAUGAAACAGUACAGUCAAAACUGCCCAAGAAGACCACACAGGGGACCAAAAAAAUCAGGUCUGUGCAGACAGGUGGUCACUAUACUAAUUAGGCAGGAUUCUUAAUGCUUGUGUCUAUGGUAAAAAUUAUCCAGAGGACCACCAAAAAGUGGUUACAUUGGCCAGGUGGUCUUUAUGUGGAGGUGGUCACUUGACCAUUUUAUACAACAGUAACUGCAUGUUUUGGUUUGAAAUGUUUGGUAUUUGUCGCUGCAGUUAGGGAAAAUUGUCAACUUUAAGCCGCAAUUUGUUUUGCCAAUCAAUGAAGCAGUGAACUAAUCAUUCAGUAUCUUAUUCUGUAUAUGCAUCUUUCCCACUUUUUACACACAUGUAAGCUAAAGGAUGUCUUCCAUAUGGCUCACUCUAGUGUUUGUAUACAGUCAAGAAAAAAAACAGAAGAAAGACAUUUGCUGAAUAUUUCCCCCACCAUUUCUUCAGGAUUCCUUGAAUGUUAUUGCAGGCAUAAGUCUCCCCCAUACUGUUUAUAUUCACACAGUGUAUCAUUAACCUUCUAUGUGCUGACUAAACCUAUAACCAAUGAAGUGUUGAUGACAAAUGACUACCUUAGCAAACUGAAAGUUAAAGAUGCACACCUAGAAAGUAUGUGGUGAAUGGUAUUAAAGGGCAUCUGCUUGAAUGUGAACAUUGAAAUAGAAACUUUGUACCAGGAGAUACGCCCAAAACAGUUAUCAAGCAACUGGAUAUAAUUUUGGAGAUAUCUUUUUGGAGAAAAUAGAUCUUUCCAAAAAGACGUAUCCAGUGUCACUGACGAAAGACACCAAAUGGUUGUAUGAAACGGCUGACCGUUUCCAAAACCAUAUCCAGUUGCUAGGGUAACUUUUUUGGCAUAUCUUAUUACCUGGAUGUCUAACCUUCAUCGACUAGGAGUUUUCAAAGAAGGAAACAAAUUUGUAAAGACAUCUUCAAACAAAUACCCAGUCACCCACAAUCUUUCAGGUCAACGCUUAGCUUAAUUCAUUGCUGUUGUAGAUUUUACAGCCAUUUAAAUGGAUUGUAUGAUGACUAUAGAUGUAUUAAUCACUGGUUAUGGCUUCAUUGUGAAGGAUUUAUCUGCUAUAGCUCCGGUAGGACAGUACUUGCCAUAUUGCUACUACUUGUACUGCCAAUAAACAUUAUUUUUAUACCUGAACCA